CCAAAGGUUACACGUAGGUCGGUAUGUUUCCAGGGCCCCUCGGCGAGCUCAAUGCACAGUCUGCGCGGGAUCAGCAACGCUCAUUUGUUUUGGCUUCCAGUUUUCGUUUGUAUUUUCUGCGUCUGCGUCUACGUCUGCGUUUUCGUCUGCACUUCUCUGUCUGUAAACGGAUAUUGGCGCAGGUUUUCCAGUCAUUUUUCUUGCGGGACUUGCAGGGGUAGGAGAGUGGGAGAGCAUUGUGUGGCGUUGCGGAGUGAAUUGGUGGCGACAAUUUUUUUGCAUCCAAAAAUCGCUGCUGAGUGGAGAUGGCGGGACGGUAUGAUAGUAAUCCGUUCGACGAAGACGAAGUGAAUCCCUUCUCUGAUCCAGUGGUGCGAGCUCAGGCCGGGAAAUCAUCUUAUGGCGGGGGCUUUUUCGACAAGAAUGUGCCACAGGUUACCACAAUGUCACCACUUCCGCAUGAGCCAAUUUUUUCCGGCUCAGUAGCUUCAAAUGAAGCAACAGUAGAUAUACCCCUUGGUGGUUCGAAAGAGUUGAAGCAGAAGGAGAGAGAGUUGAGGGCCAAGGAGGAAGAACUAAAGAAAAGAGAGAAGGAGCUAAAACGCAGAGAGGAAGCUGCAGCAAAAGCUGGUAUUCUCAUUGAGGACAAAAAUUGGCCACCGUUUGUUCCAAUUCUUCAUCACGACAUUGCUAAUGACAUACCAGCACAUACUCAGCAACUACAGUACCACGCUUAUUGGAGCUGGUUAGGAAUUUUAUUUUGCCUAUUGUGGAACUUCAUCUGCACAACAGUAGCUUGGAUUGCUGGACCUGGUGACGUGUUAAUAUGGCUUAUGGGUAUAAUCUUCGUGUUAGCUGGCUAUCCUGGUUCUUACUUCUUGUGGUAUAGGCCACUUUAUCGUGCGAUGAGGUCUGACAGUGCCCUGAAGUUCGGUUGGUUCUUCCUCUUCUAUUGUCUCCAUAUUGGUUUCGUUGGAUUGGCUGCAGUUGCUCCACCAAUUUUCUUUAAGGGAAAAUCUCUUGCGGGACUGUGGCCUGCCAUCGGCUUAUUUGGAGAUAACGUUCUAGUUGCUAUUUUUUAUGUGUUGGGUUGCGUCUUUUUCUCACUUGAGUUGUUGUUGAGUAUCUGGGUUAUUAAGGAAGUGUAUGAUUACUUCAGAGGCUCCGGUAAAGCAGCGCAACUUAAGCGAGAAGCUGCAGGUGGUGCUUUCAGAGCUGCUAUAUGAUUUGACACAUCUAAGUAGACUGGUCCGAAGUAUUUCGUGUAUAUUGGAUGUAAGUUCGUCAUUGAUCUUGAUUAGAUGUUUCCAUCAAAUUAAACUGACUGGCGGGGAGUUUUGCAGUGUAUCUAAGGAUUUUGUAGUGAACAGUACAAGGUAAAACUAAUAGUGUGAUUAGCCAAUGCUUUAUUUACCUGUUCGUAAUUGUAUUUCCGUACGCUGAUAUGGUUCAGCUUCAAACUCCCCUAACUGAAUUUCUUGAAAUUUGUAUUGGAAAUGGUAGCGGCUAACUCUACGCUCAGCGGGGUCUCAUUGUGUUAUCAACUACGAAUGUUUAGUUUUCUCGCCACAUUAAUAAGUUGGAUAACUACUAGUUCAAUAA